GUGCAAUUCCAUCUCUGUCCUUUCCAGCUAUUGGGCUUUCUUGAACAUCGCCGCCACGGCACCCUGUCCCGCUCCAGCGAGCAGCCACAACAUGACCGUCAUGGAGGUGUCGCCGCGGAUACGCAUGCUCAUCGCGGCUGUGUUGGUUGGCCUGGCUAGUGGAUCGAAUUAUGGGUAUUCGGGCUACGCCCCACAACUCGCCUCCAAGCUCGGCUUGUCCAGCACCCAGAUCAACCUCGUCGGCCUGGGCGGCAACCUCGGCGUGUACCUCACCGGCCCGAUCUUCGGGCGCAUCAUCGACCUCUACGGGCCCCGAGGCCCGCUGGCGUGCGCAGCAGCCCUCAACUUUGUGGGAUACCAGGGCGCCCGCGCAUUCUACCGCGGCACCCUGCCGAUCGGGGACGAGGACGGGCCGUCCACGCUCGGCGUGACCGCGCUGGCCAUGGCCCUCUUCUUCACCGGCACGGCGGGGAGCGCCGGCCUCGGCAGCGCGAUGAACACCGUGGCGCGCAGCUUCCCGGACAAGACGCGGGCGAGCGCGACCGGCGCCGUCCUCGCCGGGUUUGGGCUCAGUGCUUUCGUGUUCUCGGCGCUCGGCCACGCCCUCUUCCACGGCGAGGCCGGCGGCCUCCUCCUCGUCCUUUCGUGGGGCACGAUGCUGCCCGACCUCGUCGGCGCCUUCCUCGUCCGCCCCUACCCGCCACACGAAGACGACUCGGACUUCUCUGACGAAGACGAUGAUCUGCUCGCGCACCAAGCCGGCCUCCUCGAACCAGGACAGGACCUCGCGCCGAGCAGGUCGCGCGAGCGCUCGCCCGACGUCGAGAUGGCUGACGAGGCGACGGCACACGACCCCCUCCUCCCCCGCACGCCGUCGCGCAUUGGCACGCCCCUCGCAGGCGAAGCGGAGACGCCGAUGCGCACGCCGCGCACGCCGCGCACCCCCGGAUCGCGCAAGAGGCGCAGCUCGACCGCGAGCCUGCCCCCGACCGAAAUCCAUAUCGGCCCGCCGGGGCUGUUCAAGGAGACGGAUUUUUUGCUGCUGUUCUCGAUCCUUGCGAUUUUGUGCGGCGUAGGGCUCGAGUGGAUCAACAAUGUCGGCGCCGUCACCCUCGCACUCGCUCGCAAAGGAUGGGACUACGACCCCCACAAGGUGGCCGCCAUGCAGGCCUCCCAGGUGGCCACGAUCUCGGUGUUUAAUUGCGCCGGCCGUAUCCUGGGAGGCGCGGUCAGCGAUCUCGUCAAGCUCCGUUUCGGCGUGCGAAGGAUAUGGUUCCUGCCGCUUGUCGCGGUCAUGUUCAUUGGGGCCGAGAUGGCGGUGCUGGCGACGACCGACGUGAGCCGGUUGUGGAUGGUAUCCGCAGCACUCGGGACAGCGUACGGCGCGCUGUUCAAUGUCCUGCCCAUGCUAGUGCUGGAGUGGUUUGGGAUGUCCCACUUUGGCCAGAAUUGGGGCUUUACUAGCAUGGCUCCGGUGGUGGGCGGCAACAUCUUCCUGACACUCUUUGGACGUGUGUACGAUCGCCACACGGUCGGCCGCGUCAGCGACGCUCCGUCAAAGUCGAUAGCGAGGAGUCUCGGUGUUCAUGGGUUUAGCCGUAUAGGCGAACGCGCCGGAGACUCCGCCGAGCAGCUUGCCCGGGCGAGCGAGACGCACGAGUGUCUGAUGGGCCGCGAGUGCUAUGCCACUGCGAUCCGGGUGAGCGCGCUGGCGUGCGUACUCGCGUUAAUCCUGAGCGUGAUUGCAGGGAUUAGACGCGAGCGGCGGGCUGCAGCGCGGUCGCGUCGCGUGUUAUGAUGGCUGUGAGAUAGCGAGGGAAGCGAGGAGGUGAUUCGUAUGCAGCGCAGUAAUAAAACGC